AUGCCCAUCUGCAUCGAGUGUUCAUACCCGGUCUCGCACCUGUACAGCGCUUAUAGUCGCGCCGAUGACCGUUCCCAGGGUAAAGGCGUGCGAUUGACGCAGUGUCCACGCUGCCAACGCUUCGCCGACAAAUAUGUCGAGUAUGACUUCGUGGUGAUCUUUAUCGACCUAGUCCUUAUAAAACCCCAAGUAACAAAGUUGACAAGAUGGGGUGAUCAGCGAUCUAUAAUUCGUCUGGGAAUUCUUCUCCUCCUCUUCGAUGUCUACUUAACCUGGGCCCGUCUCGAGAAAGACCCUUCACUCGCCACUACCUUCAUCGCGCGCGCGCCAAUCGUCGUGCAAUACCUCUUCUUCCUAACGCUGAACGCAGCGGCCACUCUAGCGCACCACUUAACUGUCCGUCUCCUUGCUCGGUUCCUCGUCCCGAAAUCACAUCGUUACAGCGCACCGGAAACCCCAGCCACCAGCAAUGUCACCUCCACCGCGAACAUGACUGAUACAACUCCCCUUCGCUCCGGGCCUUCCACACCAAUCAGUCGGCCAUCACCCCAAUGCCAGCCCGUAAACUCACUGCUUGGACAACAGACGAAUAUAGGUGCUCCGCAAAUGAAAGUCAUCCCAAAUCCGGGCUCAUCUGCAGAUGUCAUAGCUACUGCCUCAUCUCCACGUGAACCAUCGCCUAAUUCACAGAGCGCAACAGCCCCGCCGCAAAGAUCCAUACCCCCUCUCAAGCGCACAUCAACAGCGCCACUACAGAACAUUCAGCCCCUCCCACCACCCACAGCAGCGAGCCCAACAGCCAUCAGCACCGCGCUGCUAGUAAGCAGUUGCGCGAAAAUGUUCCCCAUCCUACUGGUCAUCUGGGGCUCGGACAGGACGGGAAACUCAGCAAAUAACCAAUCCGGGAACCGCAUUGAGCAAAUAGCAGGAAUGUCCCAGGGACUAUACCGCUCGUCGAAAGCGGGCUAUCCUUCAACCCACGGAGCUGAAGUUUUGUCCUCGUUCCGUGAGGUCUGGCUUGCAACUCCAGAGUCCUGGCUACGACCUUAUUUGUCGGCUAGCUAUCUGUCGUGGCUGUUUGAUUUACUGGCGUCAUUGAUCUCUCUUGGCGUUGUGGAUACGCAUCUUGCGCUUUUGAGUAAUAUUGAAGCGUUGUAUAUUCUGCUCGGGUGUGGAUAUUUACGUUCUGUGGCUGUUGCUGUUGCUGGGCAGAUUGCUAGGUGGGGUGUGCAGAAGGUUGUUCUUGGUGCUGUUGGUGUUGGUACUUAG